AUGGCGCAUGAAUUACCCUUACUGAUUCAUACGAAGAAGUCGAAUCAUAAUGUCCCUCCUGCCAAAGCUCCCAGCUCAAAAACUAACAAGCACAAACCUCUGAAAAGUACUAGUGAUGAAAAAGGGUUGCCUAACGGUGCUAAAGUUGACUUUGGGAAUAAAUCCGGGUCGAAUACAAAUAAAAAGUCGAAUAAAAAGGCAUCUAAGCACACGUCCUCAAACUCAUCUAAUAGCAAGGGAGUGACAAGAGUCUUACCAGAUGGAAGCAAACCUAAUUUUGGUAAUGAACCAAGUCAUCACAAUGGAGGUAAUAACAAAAAACAUAAUAAUGAACCAUGUUUACCUAAUGGUGAGAAACCCAACUUUGGUGACGCAUCCAAGUCCCAUUCGAAGAAGAAAAAUAAUGAGCCUGUCCUUCCAAAUGGAGAGAAACCUAACUUUUUCAACGAGAAGCCAUCGAAAAAGACCACCAAGCCUAAGGAAAAGAAGACAACCAUCACGGAAGAUACGUAUGCUGGUUCCUCGUUUCAUUCCUCCCCAGCAGCCUUGAAUUUGCCAAAGCCAUCUUUCAAAACAUCUCCUAAGGCAAACCAUGCUGCACAAAAUACUACAGAUUCAAGUUAUCACAUUAGUCCCCAAGCUAAUGUUCAGCACUUGGUUAGUGCGCCCCCACAACACCCUGUUACUGCGUAUCCUGCCGGGAAUGGUGCACCAAAUAUUCCUACUGCUCCCUCGAAUCCAAAUGCCUUUCCUCCUGGAAGCCCUUAUGUUCAGCCUGGCUUUUCUUACUAUGUGACUCCCCAGGGAUAUAUCAAUUAUCAAUAUCCUCACGUACCACCUCCACCUCCGCCACCUCAAGGUGGUGUAUUCCCGAUGGUUGCUCCUCAUUAUCAGCAACAACCACAGCAACAACCGCAGCAACACCGUCCACAUCAUCUUCCUCAAAUUGCUCCUCAGCAAGGUCAAAGAAUCAGUUUUAAUGAAUUGUUAGGUUCAUCUAAGAACUAG